AAGGUUAUUCCUGUUUUUGGCGCGAUUUGAAAGCGUGUGUCAUUCACGUGAAAAUGCGCGCCUCAUUUCUGAAACCUUGUCGAUGGGACACUUGAUUUGCUUACUCUUGUUCGAUGUUUUCUUCCACAAGUUGUCGAAAUAUUUCAAGUACGGAUAUAGAGUCUGAGGAAGCGCUAGAAGCAGCAAGAGAGUGUUUGAGUUCUUUUUCUCUGCAGGUACUAUUGGCUUUAAAGUUUCACAAGUCUCCUGAGGAAAUUCAAAGAGAACUAUGGAACACCAUGGCUCUCUAUCUCUUUAUGACACGAACCCCCGACACAAAUUAUGAGGAACAAGAAGACGAAAUAAGGAGACCCUUUACAAGUUACCAUUUGACAGAUUCUCUUUCGGGUGUGGAAGGUGGAAGUAUUUACUCCGAAACAAGUCAGUAUAGGUCAACUACGGAAGGACAGUCUGACGAAGAUAGAGCCAAUGCCGCGUCUCACUUGUUCAACGUUUUGAAGAGUCUCCAGUUUCGAAAAUUUCCCAGCGAAAGAGUUGUAGCAAAGGUUCGCAAAAUUUCAGAUUAGUUAUAUAGGGUAUGGAUAAUAUAUAUAUAUAUAUAUAUUGCAAGUAAAUUCCCAAAGCUUGAU